AUGGGAUAUAUUAACGGCUUUAGAAAUACAUUUUUCGUAGACUUAUUAGAACGAGCAAAUCUGGUUCAGGUGGAGCCUUAUCCAAACCAAUUACAAGUUUCCAAUACGGCGAAACCGUCUCAACCGAGUGUUGAUCUGGAGAAAGGUGAUUCGAACGAUUCGCAUAACAAGGGAACAGAAAAAGAGAGUUCUGACACUACUAAAGAUGUGGAUCCAUUUCUGGUGGAAUUCACAGGAAGUGAUGAUCCCGAACAUCCAUUGAACUGGCCAAAUUCAAAAACUACAUUAGUUAUCACGGAAAUUAUGGUGCUCACAUGUGUUACCUACAUGGGUUCAUCUAUCUAUACUCCCGGUCAAGAGGAAAUUCAACAUGACUUCCACGUGGGCCACGUUGUGGGGACACUGAACUUAUCUUUGUACGUGCUCGGUUACGGAUUAGGACCACUAAUAUUUUCACCACUUUCAGAAUUUGCCAAAAUUGGUAGACAACGGCUUUAUAUCAUUACUCUUUUUCUCUUUUGUAUGCUUCAGAUCGGUUGUGCGCUAGUGCAAAACAUCGCUGGUUUAGUGAUCCUGAGGUUUAUCACUGGUUUCCUGUGUUCGCCUUCGUUGGCAACAGGAGGUGCUUCUAUUGGUGAUAUUGUUAGACCUGAAAUCGUUCCCAUCUUUAUUGGAUUGUGGGGGGUUGGUGCAGUAGCGGCACCUGUUACUGGGCCAUUACUAGGUGCUUCGAUGGUUGUUGCUAACGGUUGGAGAUGGAUAUUUUGGCUUAUGGUUUGGAUGAGUGGAGGGAUUCUAAUCAUUUUAGUCUUUUUCUUCCCCGAGACGAGUGUUGAAAAUAUCUUAUACCGCCGAUGUCAGAGGAUCAGAAAGUUGAAGAAUGAUGAUCGUUACUAUACGUUGAAAGAAAGACAGGAAUCGAAGUUGACUCGGAAAGAUAUUGCGAUUACUGCUCUUUACAGACCUUUCCAAAUGAUUUUUGAAGAUCCUAUCGUCAUGGCUCUGGAUGGUUAUCUCGCCCUAUGCUACGGUACUUUUUACCUUUUCUUCGAGGCCUUUCCCAUUGUCUUUAUCGGCGUGUACGAUUUUACAUUAAUCGAAGUAGGUUUGGCAUAUAUGGGGUUUACUGUUGGAUGUGCAAUAGCCUAUGUCGUAUGUUUAACGUUUAUGGUUUUUGUGGUUGCCAAGAAGUUUAAAAACAAUACGAUGACCCCAGAAGUGUUUCUAAUUCUCGGUAUGAUGACAUCUUGGUGCUUGCCACUGUCGCUAUUCCUUUUCGGCUGGGCUGCCAGCGUCCAUUGGACUCUACCGAUGCUUGCUGAGAUAUUUUUCGUUCUCUGUGUUUUCAACUUAUUUCAAUCCACAUUCGCUUACUUAGCGUUCUCAUACCCAAAAUAUCUGGCUUCUGUCUAUGCUGGUAACGGUGUCUGCAGAGCAGGAUUUGCGUGUGCUUUCCCGUUAUUCGGUAAGGCGAUGUAUGACAAUCUGGCUAUAAAGGGAUAUCCAGUUGCAUGGGGUUCAUCAAUUUUGGGGUUUUUCUCCAUGGCACUUGCGACCAUACCGUUUUUCCUGUACAAAUACGGACCAUACUUGAGAAGCAAAUCCAAGUUCUCUGGAUAA